AUGUGGAACGUCAAAUGGGACCCGGGGGUUAGAGAUAAGGGUCCUGAUUAUAGAGGUUUCGUUCAAUUGCCACUUAUUCAAUCAUCUACUCUAACUUAUGAUGAAAGUAUUCUAAUCAGUCAAAGCACUGCUUUGUGUUUUGUCGAACCAUGUCAAAGAAAUUUUAAUAGCAGUAUUUUACAAUGUCAUGAAAGAGAUGGCAAAAUAAGUCCAGUUCUUUGUAAUCAUAUAAAAGCAGCUCUUAGAUGUUUUUCUGAAGCAGUUCCUUUAGCAGUUAAUACUUCUGUUUUAGAAAUUUUAAACAUAGCAGAUGAAAUUAAGAAAGAUGUUUGGAAUUUAUUAUCAGAAGCUGUUGGUCCAGUUGUUCAAAGAGUUUCUAAAAAUAUUAUGGCAGUUAAGUGCAAAGCUAGUCCAAAACAUCCCCUAGGGUAUUUACACUUUUCAUUUAAUAUGACAAUUAAAGGAGAAUCGGAAAAUCAUUUUUCAUGUUCCUGUUCUACAUUUAAGGAAAAUGUAAAAACUCGUAAUAAGGAGGAACAAAUUCGUUGUCCACAUUUUUAUGCUUGCAUAUGUGCCUUUGUAAACAAUGUUAAUUUAUGUGAAGAAUUUUCAUCUUUUAUUAAAUUGGAAAUUCCAUUACUUACUCCUUUGGUACAAACAAAUGUUGAAAUGUUUACUAAAUUGGCUGAAAAUGAUCCGGACCCACUUUCGAAAAUUUUAAACGAAUCCGAAUGUAAAGUUGAAGUUUUCAGAGAGGAUGUUGGUAAUAUCUUAUCGGAAAAUAUAACAGAAGAUGAAAUUAUAUUUUCUUCUCAAAAUGACAUCAACAGUCAAUCGAUCGGAUCUCUAAAAGUUGCAAUGGAUAGUGAUUCAUUGGGUUAUUCAAUUAAUAAAAGUUCCUUUUUAGAAGAUAUAACAAAUCCUUGCGAUAUAAAUACUAAAGAAUUAGUUCCUAUUGAAGGAGAAACAUUAAUAUCGACAACAACAAUGGACUUGCCAGCGACAUCUCUCAUAUCAUCAAUCGAUCUUCCUUCUCUUAAUGCUUCACUAGAUCUCCAUUCUAUAACAAGCAUACCAUCUUGUAUUCAAUCAGUCGAAUCUUCUUCAACAUUUUCAAAUGUUAAUUCUGGAUUGUUAUUGGAAACAGUCAUGGGUUCAGAUAUUGAAAUGUCAGAUUCGUAUUUCAUGCCUCAGCUAGCUCCUAAAGUCGAUUGCUCAGCACCUGUGAGUAAAGUAAAUUUAAAUUUUACCGAGUGGUUGGGUACCGUAACGGAAACAAUAAAUCAACACAUGCAUUAUCAAUUCGAUGGAAAACCGAAUCCGUUAGUUUUUCACGUGCCACAGAAAUUUUUCGAGAAAUUAAAAGAAAGAAUAAUAUUCAUAAGGAAAAAGAAAGUGCCCACGAAUGUAACGACAUUUACGAGGAAAGAUUCCAUACCCAUGGGAACAUUCACGAAGUACACGUGGAGUUUAACGAACAUAAUGCACGUCCGUUACGUCUUCGACACUCCACACAUGCCGCUCAAAAUAUUUCGCGCUUUCGUCAAAGACAAAGAUGGUAGUUUUGUACCGUCUUGGGAAAACUUUCAAGUCGAAUCAGAAGACGGCAAAAACAAUCAUCCGAUAUUAAAACCGGCUCAGUAUAAAACCUUCAUUAGAGUGGGAUUAACUUCAGUGGAUCAGUUGGAACCUACUCCUUUUAAAAUAGAAUGGAUCCCCGAUGUCCUUCCCCUCAGUCAUAUUGGAGAGUUGAGAAUUCAAUUCGAGUUUGGACAUAUCCCUCAUCCAAAAACGAGUUAA